GCAUUCCACCCGGCUUGCAGAUUAAAGCAGCUGUCAGGCCAGGGGGAAGGCACGGUGGCCAGGGAAGAGCCCCGAGGUCUACAGAUUGGGCAGACAGGCCCUGCCGUGGGGCCGCAAGAUGUGACUUGCAACGGACUGGCUCAGGAAGGAGAAAUAGGAGCACACUAGUCCACACCGGGCCACAAUGACAGCGCCUUCCAGCUUCUGCCUUCUGCUAGGAGCGCUAGGUAUCUUUGCCCUUGGCCGCUUCGCGGAGGGUCAGAGCAGGACACUGAUUUUCACAAAGGGAAACACCAUUCGUAACUGCAGCUGCCCCGCAGACAUCCGGGACUGUGACUACAGUUUGGCCAACCUGAUGUGCAGCUGUAAGUCUGUCCUGCCUCUGGCCAUGGAGCAAACCAGCUAUCAUGGCCACCUCACCAUCUGGUUCACAGAUAUAUCCACGUUGGGCCACCUGCUGAAGUUCACUCUGGUCCAAGACUUGAAGCUUUCCCUGUGUGGUUCCAACACCUUCCCCACCAAGUACCUGGCUGUCUGUGGCCUGAAGAGGCUUCACAUCAAUACUGAGGCCAAGCAUCCCUCCGGGGAGCAGAGCAUACUCAUCCACAACGGGAGGGAAGGCAGUUCCUUGUACAAGGGCUGGCAAACGCGUGUGUUCAUCUCACUCUUAGACGUGGCUCUUUUCAACAGAGACUCUUCUCUAAAGUCAUAUAGUAUUGAUGACAUUUCUAGCCUCACCGGUGACUUUCCUGACUUUUCUUACUUUAUAACUUUCCCAGUGCCAAACAACCGAAGCUACCUUGUCACCGUUAUUUAUUAGCAUCCUGUGUCCAUCCACCAGGACCUCUGAGAAAAUAAAUGGAGCCUCUGAGCAAGGCGUCUGGGAAUGCGGUCAUGAGAUAGCUGUCUCUGUUCCCUCUCUGAGCCUCCAUCUACAGCAAACACACACCAGAGAGCAGCCGGUUCCACUUUCACUGUUCCACUUUCAAUCUAAGAGCAACCUGACCCCUGAACUAUGUCCCAAGGGCCAGCUAGAAGCUUGGUCUUUGCAGCUGGUAGCCUGUGGAGAGCUGUCAGGUUAGAAGGGGAUCGGGGAGUGCAUACCAGAGACUGUUUAGUGGAGCUCGGUAUACUCAUGGCCCCAAGGAAGAGAUUUUUCUUUCAGAAUGCAGUAAUUCUUCCUUAUGUGUGUGUGUACAUUCCAAGACUCUGAGGACACCUGAAUGAGCAAACAAUACUAGACCCUAUGCAUACUGUGUUUUCCCUAUAGAGACUUUUGAUACAGUCUAACUUAUAAGUUAAGAUCACUGUGGGAUUAAAACCUGUAACACACUGUAAGAAAGUUGUGCCAAUAUGUGCUUGCUCUUCCCGUGGCGAUGGCGCUCUUUGGCAUAGCCACAUUUCCAGCGUUGCUACUUUUUACAUGAUGGCUAUCAUGGAAUAAAAUAUAUGUUUAUUGGAUCAUAACAUGGUCAGUCUGACAACAGAGACCAGUCACUAAGGGGCUCAUGGGUGGUAGUGUAUUUAGUGUUUAUGAACAGGCAUGGGACAGGCAUGUCCCAUGGGACAGGUUCGUGUCCCAGGUAGAAUCAGGCAGGACCACAUUCUUCACACUCCCUAGAACAACUUGAAGUUUAAAACUUCUGAUUUAUAAAUGAAACUGCACAUUGGGGACCAUGGUACCCCUUCUCUUUUUCUUUUCUUUUUCAUUUUGUGACAUGGUCUGGAAUUGUGAUUCAAAAAUGACAGAUUUCAGAAGUCUGGGGACCUAAAUUCCUCUAAACGACAGGUUUGCCCAGACUGAUAGUUUCCAGAUAGUUGUGAAGAGCAAAUGCAUUGAGAAGUUGGAAUUUAAAAGUGAAUUUAUGGACUUGGCAAGGUUAUGUGGGACUAUAACACUACCUGAAGGCAUUGGGGUUCCGAGAGAUGGGCACAGGAGUGAAAACACACGCCCAUACAUUUAGCCUCAAAUUUAUGCACGGAGUACUGCUCUGUGGGGAAGUUCUUUUCUGGUCUUUCUUCACUUUCACAGAGUAGCCGGCAAGGCUCUCCUGGGCCUUCCCUUCCCUUUCCUCUGCUCUAUUCCAGUGUCUUCAUUCCCUCUGUCCCCGACUCCUAUGUCUUGUUAUUGCUCCCCACCCUUCUCCCCUCUUGCUCCUGAUUCAGGACUUAGAUUGCUGUCAGCAGACUAUUAAGCCACACAGGGGGCAAGCCGGGGAAUCUAACAAUCUCUUCAAACUUGGUGUUCAAAUUUCAAAGAGUUCAUUUUAAAAUGAAAUUUUGGUCCUUAUUCCUUUUGGAAUUUUAAGAUGAGAAAGUUAAAGAUACUUCAUAGCAGGUAGUUAACACAAAAUUGUACUAGACAUGUUGAUAAAAGGAACCAAAGCAAGUAUUUAAAAAACGAUUUAUUAAAUUGUUCACCAUUACAUAAAGGAACGUUCCCCCAUAAUAAAGACCAAAUUUAGCAUUAAUGUGCAAUACUUUUAAAACCCAUGUGAGGAGGAGGGAGAGACAGCUCAAAGCUCAGGAGCACUUGCUGUUCCUCACCCAGCGCCCGCGUCUGUUUGCUCACAGCCAUCUGGAGCUCCAACUCAGAGCUCUUUUCUGGCCUUCAUGCGAACUUGUACAUAUGUGGCAUGCACACCAUACAUAUGAAUAAAACCCCAAACUAAAAUGUAAAACCCAUGCCAGCUGUGACACAAAUGUCUAAACUUAAAAUAAAAUGAAGUUGAAACAUUUAAUUCAUGAUACCAUGAUGGUGAGAAAUAAUAUCAUAAAAUCACGGGUUAGCCACAUCAUAUUUUUAAUCUUAACAUUAUUGCAUUUGCAUAACUGACAGGGGAUUUGGUCAUUCAGACUAAUUAACUCGGGUCCACAGUGUCAGCAUCUAAAUUAGGACAAAACGAAGUCCAAACUAUGAAUUUUAAUAGAAAAGGUAACAGCCUCAUUACUGAUAUAGUUCAGAGGUUAAAGUGAGAAAAAGACAAGGAGUUGGGUGCCAGGGGUAAGAGAAAGCAAGAAAGACUUAAGUCAAAAGAUAAAUUAUGUUAUUAACCAUCAUUACUGCAUACAUCACAAACUGAAUUUUGAUGGAAACCUAUUGUUUUAAAAGAGUGAUGUUAGAGAUUCUAUGUGCCUGUAAAUACCUUCCAUCUGGUAGCUGGUGCUGGCUCGAGAGCUUUGCACACAUGGCUUAUGUGAUUCUUAGGAUAAACUGUAGUGGGCCGUCCGGCUUGGGCCAGCAGUUUGUCACCUGUGGCCAGCUGGUGAAAGUAGGUAUCAUUUCAAAGAGGAGGAGGAAGACAUAUAUCUUUCUCACACCCACAAGGGGUUAUAUAAAGAUCGCGAAGCACACGGCAUAUGAAUAAUAACAAUAAAUAUUGUCCUUUAUUCUAAGUUCUGUAAAUUCUCAAAUAAUGUGUUGCUAUAUUUUCACCAAGUUCUUGCACUAAAGGUUGGGAGGAUGAGAAGAUAAGGCUGACAGACAGACAGUUUGAUGCUCUCAUGUAUGUUAGGGAUUCACGUAACAUCAUGAUGCAAAUAUACAUAGAAAUGGCCCUCGUUGGCCAAGCAUAUAAAUACUUUCUACAGAAUCGAAAAGUAUUUUCAAAUGCUACAGGGAUUUCCUUAACUUGGGAUACUAUUCGCAAUGUAAAGGUUAUAGACACGACACAUUUUAUAAGUUCAUAUGCACUUCUCUAUCAUAUCCAACAAAAUAAAAACUAAGACCAGUAUAUGCAGCUCCUUGCAGUUUUAGUGACGCUAAUACUGCGACUAUGGUGAGUUUCAAGCUAUGAAGAGAACAGAGCUGAGAAAAGAUACAAUGUGCUGAUAGUACAGCUCAACAGGAGAGAGCUUACCCAGCAUACACGCGUGCCGGAAAUAAAUUCCCAGCACAACACACACAUACAUAGUGCACACCCUUCUGGAUGCCAUUGCCACGUACGGCUUCAAGAGCUCGAGUAACAGUGUCAGAGAAUAAGAUAACCGCAAGCCAUGGACUCUGCUGCAAGUGAUACGGUCCUCUCCCAGGACAUCCAGAACUGAUGAAGGAGCAGGCAAGAAGAGGCAGACAGUAGAAAGUGCUGGGUUCACUGGAGGUAGAGCAGGAGGACUGGGCAGGCAGAGGUGCUGUGGCUACUGGGGAGGACUUGGUAACUCCCAGGAACCUGGGUCAGGUAUGUGGCUGGAGUGGAGAGUCGUGAGGAGUGGUUUAGGCAAUCCAGGGUGUGAGGAGGUCCCCCUGGAAUACUGGUGGGGCUGAGAGUAAGUGAAAGAAUAUUCAGGAUGGUUCUAGAAGGAAACGCACCUCCACCUAUAGCUGUGAUGAGGAGGGUGUUGUUCCAUCCUCUCAGCUUUUCAAAUGCGGGCAAUGCUUUCGGUCCACUUACAGAUGAAAUGGGCCCAAAGCUCUGCCCCACUCUCCCUGGGCUCAUGUUAUGACACUGCUGCAUAGCUCUGCUGGCUUCUGGUAAAACUCAAAAUGUACACAUGCAAAAGAAGUACUAAUUCUUUGUGUUUUAUACCUUUAGGGGAUGUUUAUAACCUCAUUGUCUUAAAAUAUCUGUGCUUUAAAAUUCUCCCAGGGGGUGGUUACUGUGCAGAUGGCAGUACGAGAACACAGACCAUAGGUUGGUUCCUUUAAGAAAGGAUGCACUGAUAAUUUUGCUUUUGCACUGGCCAUUCAUGCAUUUAAAGUGUAUGUUGUGAAUUAGGUUAUAUUUGAUAUAUUUAUGUCAUACUGCAUAUAAUCUAUAUGAAAGGGGUUCUGAGGCACAUUCUUGUACAAAGAGGUGGGAGAGGUGAGAUACUCAACUGGAUAAAGUGCCUGUAGCUGCUUCUUUUCUGUGACGGGUCCAGUAGUUCACUCUAGGAGCUGACACUCUGGAGCUAUUGUUAAUUGUCCUGCAGGACGAUGUCCUGUCUUCAUUCUGAAAACCCCUACACGUUUUAUGACAAUAAAGAUACUUAAUGUCC